AUGGUCUCAUCAAUUCUCAAGGAUCAAAUCUUGGAGACAAUGAGUCUCAAUCCGCUGCAGUCACAAGAAAGUUUCAGAGAAUGGCAAUUGGUGGAGCUUAUAAAUCUCAGGUCUAGAGGACGCUUUAGAGGUGGGAUUGGUAUGUGUGUCAAAGGCUAUUUGAAAAUCAGUUUCAAGGUUCCAGGAUUCAGUCAAGGCUCAUUAGAGAGUUUUGGAGAGUCAUCAAGUUACCUCAAGAAGGAAGCAGUCGGAGCAAAGGUUAUUUGCUGGAACAAAGAGUCCAAUGAGGAUAGUUAUGCUGGUUAUGGUUCAUCUGGACAUGAAAGAUUCAAGGUUCAAGUCUGCAAUGGUGGAGCAUUUGAGAUAUUUGGAGAACGUGGCACUAGUUCUGGUAAGUCAAUUUCAGAGCUAUGUGAAGAAAAUCAAGAUGUCAGUGGUUAUAACAAGUUCUUAACAGAGAAAGGGAAGACACAGUUCAAGGUGGAGCAACUUCAGUGUAUGCUCGAGUUCUACAAAGUAAAGUUACUCAAAGAUAAGCAACAACAGACAUUCACGGUUGGUAUUGCAGGUUAUGUCUACAUCAAAAGUGUCUCAGGGAAAGCCACAGAGAUUCUCUGUAUCGAAAGUCUUCUUAACCGGGUGGAGUUAGGCGGCGUGUUCUGUUGGCAACAGCAGCGGUGCAGAGUGAUGUUCAAGUGUAUUGUGUUCAAGCAAUGCUUCUGGUUAGAAGCAGAGGUGCUUCAGAUUCGUCAGUUGUUUCAAGAUAGCAUGGAGUCAAGUUUCUGGGCAGAAUGUUUGGUGAUUUCAGUUGCAGCAACAAGUUUUAUGGCAUUAGUUGUCAUCGGUGGAUCUCAGUCAUGGAAAAAGACUCACAGGCCAACCAUACUAGUUAAAGGUGAAGCCUAUGGAGAGUUUUUCUAUUGA